AUGGAUUCCCUGACAGAGGAUCUAUGGGGAAUAAUACUUGUCCGAUUACCACUAAAGAGCAUCGCCACUUCCAAACUGGUCUGCAAGCGAUGGAAAACAAGACUCGAAUCUCCGUUUCUCCGCAAGCUUUUCCUUUCUCACCAUCAAAACGCGCACUCUCUAUGGUCGCUCAUACUGAAGGAUAAUCAGCAAGAAGCAGUUUCUCACUACGGAUGCGAGAUUUGGGGUCUUCCACCACAACAACUUGGCUCUUACAUCUCCACUUUCAUUACCGCAGCGUUCUUAAACCGCAGGGAAAAAGCCAGAGUCGUGGCUUACACGGAUGUCGGGUUGAUUCUCAUCCGUGUUGUGUCUGUCCUCGGCAACGUAACCUUGUACGUGGCUAAUCCUGUCUCACGGGAAUGCGUAGAAACUGAUCCUCCAUGGUGUGAAGCAGAGGAGGAUUACCAGAACCUAGGUUUAGCCACACAAACCGAUGAAACCGGCACCGUUUUAGGUUACAAAGUCGUUCUGCUCUAUGAUGCAAAGCAACGGACAAAGAGCUUUAAUUUGCUGAUAUAUUCAUCAGAGACUGGCUUGUGGCGUCAAGAAACCGUAGAGUUUCCUUACUCUUCUCGCCGUUACCAUCAAGAGUUUGGCUAUUCCAUCAGCUUGAACGGAAAUCUUCACUGGGUCGCUCGCAAUGACAUGGGUGAUGAAGUUGUUGUAUCCAUCGACUUCUACGGUUCUGAUCAUCCUGUAUGUCGUGUUACGCAUUUCCCUGAUAUAGAAGAAUUGCCACGAUUCCAAAGAUCUUGCACUGUCUCUAAAGGGAGUCUCAUGUAUAUGAAUGUUGUCCGUCAAGGCGAUGAGCAUAAACUAAGCGUAUGGAGGCUAACGAGCAGCUGGGAGUGGCAACUAGUAGCUGAAAUCUCCUACAAUAAAGAUGGUUACCAUAAUGUUCCGUUGGCCAUAAACCCUUUUGAUGCUGAAACAAUCUACUUUUGGAACAACAAGGACCGAUGUUUGGUAUCUAUGAACGUACGGAUUGGCGAGUUUGUACUCCAGGGUAAGUUGGACCGUAGCAGCAGCAGCGAUGGUUGCAUUCUCAGGUCCACUCAAGGCAAGAUUAUUAUACAACUCGCCCAAGAAUUUUCAUCUUUUGUUGUACCAAAGUGGCUGUAUAGGAUACCAACCACGGUGGCUAAUAACAGUCGACAGCCCAACUCCAGCUCUAUUCCUACUUUCAUCUGGUGGCCGCCGCCCAGGACUCCACAGCCUAAUAAUGAACCAGCUGACUCCAGCAAUCCGUUCGUGAUCUGCACAAGAAAAAACAGAAAGCAAAAGCAGUCUGUGAAAGGCAAUUCAUCUUUAUCUACAGCUCAUCAUGUUGCAACGGCAAAUAGAUACUCUAUGCUAGAAGAUAUCUAACCUAAUCAUCUAAAUAUGUUGUCCAUGAUGUAAUGAAAGACGAAGAGUGAAAAUCAAUAAAAC